ACUAAGAGCAGGAGACUGAGCUCAGUUGCAGCCUAGCUCUCUUUAAGACCAAGAAGGAUCCUCCUCCCUCCAUGUCUCUACCUCUCCUGUGCAGGGGCUGUAAAUUACUGUCAGCCUAGCGCUGGCUGCUGCCCUCAUCUCCCACCUCAUCCAGCCUCUCCCUCAUUAUACACACAUCUAUUUCUUCCUCCCUCUGCUGAGCUUCAUGAAAAAACUGCAAAACCAGUCAAGCAGGCUGCUGCAGUAGAAAAGUUGGCCCCCUUCACCUUGUGUGCAUCCCUAUCCCAUUCAUUGCAGUUGGCUCUGGAAGAUCUGCAAAGCCUCCUUCAUUGUUUCUUGGUGUGUUUAUGGACCCUUGCCUCCCACCUCUGGUCAAUUCAAGUUCAUCCCCUGCUCCCUAUAGCUGCUGAGCCUUGGGGGCUCCUUGCUGAUCACUACCUUGCAUUGGGGCUGAUUGCUUCAUCCUCGACCAACAAGUCCAAGACUGCCUCCCAUCACUUCCAUGGAUCAGAUGGAGCAGCUAUUCCAGAAUUAGCAUAACUUUUAGCACUGCUCUGAGGUGCUUCACCUUGGUAAGGUUGGAGCCACUUUGUUGCCAAGAAGCCGUCUGCAUUUAGGCUGGAGAACGCUGGUUUUGGACAGUUUGCAUCAGCCAUCUGUCAGCCUCUUCAUUUCAUUUUAGAACUGACCUUCUCUAUAUGGAAAUGGUAUAAGAAGAAUGGCUAAUGGAAAAUAAAAGCCAUUAGGCAAAUGUGACCUGCAUUUUCCUCUACAACCGGAGCUACAGAAGCAAGCAAAACACACAAGCUCGAAAUAUGGAUGGUUUAAUUGAACCGAACAGUGUGCUUAUGCAUAAUAAAAUCACAGAGGCCGGGAAAAGAAAUGGCUUAAUCAACACAAGAAAUUUAAUGGCGGAAAAUAAAGAUGGAAUGGUCUCAGUUUAUCCGACUCCUCAAUAUCAGAGUCAUAUUGUUGGAAGUAUUUCUUCUCAGACUGGCAUAGACAACAUAAAAAAUGACCCAGUUCAGCAACUCUUGGAUCCUAACAUGCUACAACAGACUGUGGAGUCUCACUAUCGCCCCAACAUCAUUCUGUAUUCGGAGAAUGUCUUACGCUCUUGGGGCGAGACUGUCAGCACUGAGUGCUGUGAAACCACCUUUAUUGAAGAUAGGUCACCAACCAAAGACAGUCUUGACUACCCAGAUAGCAAGUUCAUUGACCUUUCCUCUGAAGAUAUCAAAAUUCAUACUCUUUCUUAUGAUGUAGAAGAGGAGGAAGAAUUCCAAGAGUUAGAGAGCGACUAUUCAAGUGACACGGAAAGUGAAGACAACUUCCUAAUGAUGCCACCAAGAGACCAUCUUGGCCUCAGUGUAUUUUCCAUGCUGUGCUGCUUCUGGCCUUUGGGGAUUGCUGCCUUUUAUUUGUCACAUGAGAAAGAAGAUGGAUCUGCAGAAAAAAUGCUUUUACUGAAACAAGAAAAAGAAAAUAACUUAUUGAUUGUGUAGAGCUAGUUCUGUUUAUAAUCAAUGGGACUGCAUGGUGGGAUUUUGUUCAUUAUCCUAAUGUACGCAUGACUUAUUUUCUGAGCUUUGAAUAGGGCUGUGAUGUAAAAGUAGUCAGAUGCGAUUGGAAUGAAAUCCCAGUCUCAUUGAAGUGUACAUCUCUUUAUCAUCUGAUACAGCAGACAUUGACAAAAUCUUUACAUGUAAACUACAUGCUGUGUUCUAUCUAAUGUGGACUUUUGGGUAUGGAUACUAGUACAGCGUUUCAUUGUAUAUAUGGUAAUUAAAUAUUUCAGGGGAAAGUAACAUGGCAUUACCUUUACUGAGUCAUGGGAAUGUCAAACUAUUUUGUAAAUGAUGUACCGUUAUGGCUGAUGCCUAAUAAAUAGAGUGCUACCAGUCAAUUUCACAUAGGUGGUUAGCCAUUUUAUUAGGUAAUACAAUAUUCCUGGUCCAGAAGCAUGUUAAGACUAAUUCACACUAUAUAAAAUCAGCAAUGGAGUAUGAAUUGGUCUCGAAGGGGUUUUAUACAUAUCAUUAAACUCAACCCGAUAAAAAGGCUGCCACCACUAUGUGAUUGAGGAUCAGUAAUAUUUUAUCAACAGAAAAAAUCUUGUAUAUAGGUUGUUUCCAUUUUUUUACAUGAUGUAAUCUUUCAUAUUAGAUGUAUGUACUGCUGUACAGUUGCAUGUAAGCUCAGAAAUACUGACUGCAGAUACUGAAACUUCCCAUAAGGAUUGUGACAUUUUAUUUUAAUUGCUAUCAAUUAAAAAUCUAUAUUGGCCUUUGGAUGGAACUGAGUUCAGAUUAGUGAAUAUUGACUAUUGUAAGUGAAGAGUCCAGAACCUCUCAGAAAUGUCAGUAACCAUUAUUUUUUGGGAAACUAUGGCACAUUCUUAGCAUCAUUGUGAAAGACACACAUCAAUUGGCUGAAAUAGACAUUCAAACUUUAGCUAGUAAAUGUGUAGGUUUGAAGAUGGCUCCUUACUUACCUUUCUUCUCGGCUGGACAUAUCCUAAAAUAUAUGGCAUGAGAUGAGUGGCAGUUGUGAAAAAAAACAUGGUUUAGAGACACUCUGUUGAAGGGGCAUAGCUAAAGCCUCAUGGACCUUGGUGCAAGAGUUCAGCUUGGGCCCCUCUUCCCUCAGUGCUUUGUGGCCAGGGGCAGGGAAGCACAUAGCCUUCGUGCUGCCUUCGGCAAAAAUUAAAACGGCACCCACCAUGCCAAAUUAUUGACCUUACUACUUCCCUCCAGCCAGAGGUGUAACUUGACCUGCAUGCACUUUCUAUAAUACCAGAGUCUUCUUAUGCAGCACAAGGGUCUUUGGGCGCCCUCGGGCUUCUGGGUCUGGUAGCAACUGCUACCUCUACACCGCCUAUAGCUAUACCCCUGCUAUGUUGGGAGUUCUUUUCUGCUAUAUGUGUCUAUAUGUAGCCACCUAGUGUUUGUGAUGUAAGUUGUAACCUGUCAAGGGCUUUGUAAGCACGUUAAGCUGAUGUUUUUCAUUUGUACAGUGAUAAAUUGGAGUCCUUAAUGAAAUGUGUGGAAGGCUAUAGGUGGACACAUCUGUGUACAAUAUAUAUUAACCAUUCAUUUAGUGGUUUCCUUGACUCAUGAAGAUGUAGGAUUUUCCAAGAGUUUCUGAACUGUAGCAGUAGUGCUUAGUAAAAAAAACUGUUUCCCACUUCAGUUAGGAUAAUGUUAAUGGUUACUUUAAAAUGUCCCAAACAAUAAUUAAAACACCAAUUUAGAAAAAAUAUAUACAUUUUGAGUAAAUAGAUAGGGAUCUCCUGUUCAGGAUCUUCAUCUAGAAGCCAGCAUCUAUAAGAGGUUCUCUUGCUCUGGAGGGCACAUCAUCCCCCUUAAUUACAUGAAAUGACCACAGAUUUCAAUUUAAGCUGUGUUAUGUACACUGCCAUUCCCUGUGUGAUGGUUUGGCAUCAAUAUGCAGCCCAAUUCCUACUACACAUAAAAUGGAUAGGGAUAGUUGUUGAAGGACUCAAACAAAAAGGGAAGUGGGCAACCAUUCUAACUUCAUGUAGCAGCCAAUAUUUAUUUUAUAUGCACAUUGAUAAAAAGCAGCUGUAGAAGCCUUCUAAGGAAGACAAAAGGCUGGGUCAAAAUUGAUUGGCAGUACCUUUUUAAAUAAGUCAAAAAUACAGAUAUUUUAAUAUAUUGUUGUGUAAAAAUAGCAAUAUAAUGUUAAUACUUCAUAGAAUGAUGUUUUACUAACAGGGCUUACGGCUUGUAUGUGGGCCAUCAACGUCAUUAUUCUCAUCAAAUAAAAUCUGCUGAUUAUAACUUCUUAAGCCUUAGCAAUCUAAAUGAGCUA